GUGACAGCCCAGGAAGGGAAGAGCGUCGAUGCCAUGGAAUAUUACCGCGGAGCAUAUCACGGGCAAGAAUGGAACCGGGCUGCCGUGCGUAUCCGUAGCCUCGGUCGGCUCUUGUUGGCCUUGAGACCCUUCUUCUCUUUAAUUAUGUAACGGCCUUUUGAUGCAACCAUGGUGCUUAGAUGUCAGGCCCGGGUUGAGGGGAUGGUAUUCGUUUUGAUUGCUUGCUACAAUGCAGCUUUGAGCUGAAUUCGGCUUCCUUGCUUGCUAUACUCGCCAUAUCCUUUUUUUUUUUACUUUCCUCUUUAGGUACAUGUACCUUACCUUGGUAUGGAGCCGUCAAGUCCCAACAGCGGCUUCUUCCAGCAGCUGCCGGUGCUCAAGAACCAGUUCCACGACGACGCCAGUCUGCAGCGCGUGGCCAAACUGUUCCUUCCCACGUCGCUUCUCGAGCAUAUUGGGCCCGAGACUGCGCAGCUGGGCGACCAUGUUCUGUCCCAGGACAUCUUUGACCAUGUGACUGACGCCGAAAAGAACCAGCCCUACCUGCGCGGCAGCGGCCGCGAUGCCUUUGGGAACCCCAAGAGCGAGCUUGUCGUCACCGAAGGCUGGAAAAGGCUGCAGGACUUUGGGUUUGAGAAAGGUGUUAUUGCCCUCAACUAUGACACCGACUAUGGCCCCUACACCCGGCUGGUCCAGUUCAUGAGGUGCCAUCUCUGGGGAGCGUCUUGCGCAAACACGCUGUGUCCGGCAGCCAUGCAGGACGGCGCCGCCCGCCUUCUCCAGCGCCACCUCGCCAAGCAGGACAGCAGCAGCAUGACGCUCACACAGCGCCGCGUCUUUCAAAACGCCUUCGACCACUUCACCUCGCGCGACCCGACCAAAGCCUGGACGAGCGGCCAAUGGAUGACGGAGCGGACCGGCGGCAGCGACGUUUCCCUGACCGAGACCGUCGCCACCUACGACCCAUACCCCGCUAGCGACGGCAACCCUAGCACCCCCUGGGCGAACCCCGAAGAGGGCAUCCCGCUGGGGCCCUGGUCCAUCACCGGCUUUAAGUGGUUCUCGAGCGCCACCGACUCACAGGCCACCAUCCUACUAGCCAAGACGGAGCCCGGCAAGGGCGUGAGCGCCUUCUUUGCCCCCAUGCGGCGCCACAACCCCUCGCUGGUGUCUGCCACGGGCAGGCCCGGCGGCACCGAGCUCAACGGCGUGACCAUCCAGCGGCUCAAGAACAAGCUCGGCACCCAGUCGCUGCCCACGGCCGAGCUUGAGCUCAAGGGCAUGCGCGGCUGGCUCAUCGGCGACGAGGGCAAGGGCAUACAGGAGAUCAGCACCAUUCUCAACAUCACCCGCGUCCACACCACCGUGUCGUCGCUCGCCUACCUCGGCCGCAGCCUGGCCGUGGCCAAGGCCUUUGCCCUGGUCCGCGAGGUCGGCGUCGGCAAGGGCAAGCGCGUGCCCCUCUCCAACCACCCCCUCCACAUGCGUACCCUCUCCGGCAUGGCGGCCGAGUACCACGCCAUGAUGCUGCUCGUCUUUUAUACGCUGUACGUCCUCGGGCUGAACGAGAGGCCGCCCUCAUCCCCGCCGAGCCACACCGUUCCCGAGACCUCCCGGGCCCCAUCGCCCCCGCCGCACCUCGUCGCCCCGCUGCUGCGGGUCCUCAGCUCGCUGCACAAGGCGUACGUGUGCGAGCACGUGGUCCCGCUCGUCUUUGGCUGCAUGGAGGCCCUCGGCGGCGUCGGGUACCUGGUCAACGCCGAGUCGGAGCACCUCAACGUGGCCCGCCUGUUCCGCGACGCCUGCGUCGGCGCCAUCUGGGAGGGCACCACCGACGUGCUCUCGGGCGACACCCUCCGCGCCCUCAAGCACCCGGCCACGGGCCGCGACAGCCUCGCCGCCCUCGACUGGCUUGUCGACAGCGCUCUCUCGUCCUCUGGUGGCGAGGCCUCCGCGAGUAUCAAGCGCCAGUGGACGUCGCUGCGCGCCCGCCUCGUCGCCGAAGACCAGCCCGCCCUCCUCCCCGACGCCCGCCAGCUCGUGUUCCGCCUGGCCGAGAUCGUGAUGGCCGCCCUGUUCGUGCUGGAUGCGGCCGCGGACCCGGGGCCAGAGGUCGAGGCCAUGUGCCAGCGCUACUUGGCCAAGAAGGGGCUUGCAGGCGCUGCUGCUGUUGCUGUUGAUGCAGCGCAGGGUCUGUGCUUGGACCAGGCUAUAGUGUAUUCCGCUUCUUCACUGCCGCCGCUGUCUGGAGUGCGAGGAGAAAAGGGGCAGGGAUCGAAGUUGUGACGUGCGUCCGUGAGUGCUAGAGAUGGGCCUCCAAGAGGAAGCUCUACUGGGCGUUGAUCUAGAUGUGGUAGAUAUUUGGUCUGAAAUUAAGGAUACUAUUCAAUGUAGGAUGUUGUCGAAAAGGUGCAUACGGAUAUAGCUUUCCAUAUUGUCAAUGCUGGUUAGCACACCUUGAGCCGUCUCAGAUCAUAGAUGCCGCUGUGUCAUUUCCUUGUCACUGCCUGUGAUAUUCUAUCCGUCGGUUUAUUUGUUUAUCUGCUUAUCUGCCUGUCUCUAUUAGUGUUUGCUAUCCUCGCCAGGUCGCCAAACGAUGGUGUCCAGCUAAAACAGAAAGUUCUGCUUCUAAAGAGAGUAGUAAAGCAGCCGGAGAACGAG